UGCUGACUGCUCUCUCUCUCUCUCUCUCUCUCUCUCUCUCUCUAAAUCAAAAACCAAAACCACCCAUUGAAACAAAAAGUCAGCAGCUGAAACUAAAGCUUCUGGUCUUAUGGAAAACAAUUAUCAGCAACAACCUUCUCCGGUGAAGUCGAGAUUCAAACGUAUCUGUGUUUUCUGCGGCAGCAGCCCCGGCAAGAACCCCAGCUACCAGCUUGCUGCUAUACAACUCGGAAAACAACUGGUUUUAAAGAACAUUGAUUUGGUCUAUGGAGGAGGCAGCGUUGGCUUGAUGGGUUUCGUCUCUCAAGCUGUCUAUGAUGGUGGUUGCCACGUGUUAGGGGUUAUUCCAAAAACUCUUAUGCCAAGAGAGAUUAUUGGAGAGACUAUUGGAGAAGUAAGAGCUGUGUCCGGUAUGCACCAAAGAAAAGCUGAAAUGGCUCGACACGCCGACGCUUUCAUAGCACUUCCCGGUGGCUAUGGAACCUUGGAAGAACUCCUGGAAGUCAUUACUUGGGCUCAGCUGGGAAUCCAUGAUAAACCGGUUGGUUUGUUAAACGUUGAAGGGUACUACAACUCCUUAUUGUCAUUCAUAGACAAAGCAGUUGAUGAAGGUUUCAUUGCCCCCUCUGCCCGUCAAAUUAUUGUGUCUGCCCAAACUGCCCACGAACUCAUGUGCAAGCUCGAGGAUUAUGAGCCCAAGCAUUCCGGUGUGUCGUCUAAGCUGAGUUGGGAGAUGGAGAAACAACUGGGUUACAACUCGAAGUCAGAAAUUGCUCGUUGACCUAAUCCGACGUGUCCUCGCUCCAGAGCAUCAGUGACCGUAGAUUUUAGUGAUUGAUCAACAAAUAUACGUAUAUCACAGAUGUGAACUCCACCGCAUCGUACCACCACAGUUGCUUUAUCUCUGUCCGAUCCCUGAAAUCUUUUUUAAUAUAUAUAUAUAUAUAAUUUAUAUAGAAGCUGACCAGAACCGAGUGAUUUCUUGUGAAAAGCAUUGGGAACUCGGAAGUAUAGAAAAUGAAGUACCACUGUACCUCUAAUUAGUGAUUAAUUAUUAUUUUUUACUAUAAAGAAAAAUAGUAAAAAUAUUUGUUGGAGAGAGGUACUACAUAGUACUACUAGUAGUACUCCAAGUGUAUUCAAUAUUUAUGUGUUUUAUGUAUUAUGUGUGUAUGUAUCUUUAUAAAUAUAUAUUUAAAUUAAUGGAAUUAUCAGUAACAACCUCUUUACAAUUUGUGAA